AUGGGUCGCCCCAAUUUCCCAUCUUGGAAGCGCACGAACACGCGUCAAUGGCGUCUCCUCGACCUCAUUUCCAUUGCUUUCUUUUCCUUACUCUUUCUCUUCUUUGUUCUCUUUUACACCACCCUUGGUGGCCGCCGGGUAGUCGGUCCAUCCACCGUCGACCCGCAAGAGCGUAUUCGUCUUGUGGUGGCCAUCGAAGAGGGGAUGCCAAAUGGGAAGAUCAUUGAGGCUUGUCCUGCAAGUGAGGCGGACCACAUGCCGUGUGAGGAUCCUAGGCGGAAUAGUCAGCUCAGUAGGGAGAUGAAUUACUAUAGGGAGAGACAUUGUCCUUUGCCGGAGGAGACUGCACUCUGCUUGAUUCCGCCGCCUAAGGGAUACCGGAUCCCGGUGCUGUGGCCAGAAAGCAUGCAUAAGAUAUGGCAUAGCAACAUGCCACACAACAAGAUUGCUGAUAGGAAAGGUCACCAAGGAUGGAUGAAACGAGAAGGUCAACACUUUUUAUUCCCCGGCGGUGGUACAAUGUUUCCAGAUGGAGCAGAGCAAUAUAUCGAAAAACUCAGUCAAUACAUUCCCAUAAAGGGAGGUGUUCUGAGGACUGCACUUGAUAUGGGGUGUGGGGUUGCUAGUUUUGGAGGAUAUUUACUAGCUCAAAACAUCUUAGCCAUGUCUUUUGCACCAAGAGAUUCACAUAAAUCCCAGAUACAAUUUGCCUUGGAAAGAGGCAUACCGGCUUUUGUUGCUAUGCUUGGCACUAGAAGACUCCCAUUUCCUGCAUUUGGAUUUGACUUAGUUCAUUGUUCUCGGUGUUUGAUCCCGUUUACAGCCUACAAUGCAACUUAUUUCCUUGAAGUGGAUAGAUUGCUUCGUCCUGGUGGAUAUCUAGUCAUCUCCGGUCCACCUGUUCGGUGGGCCAAACAGGAAAAAGAAUGGUCAGAUCUUCAGGCUGUUGCAAAAGCCUUGUGUUAUCAACAGAUUACUGUAGAUGGUAACACUGCAAUCUGGAAGAAGCCAACCGGAGAUUUGUGUCUUCCUAACGAAAAUGAAUUUGGUCUCGAGUUAUGUGAUGAUUCCGGUGACUUAAGUCAAGCUUGGUACUUUAAAUUGAAGAAAUGUGUAAGUAGUACGUCAUCUAUCAAAGGAGAUUAUGCAAUUGGAACAAUUCCAAAAUGGCCGAAGAGGCUAACUGCUGCACCUUCGAGGUCCGCUCUUCUGAAAACCGGUGUUGAUGUAUACGAGGCUGACACUAAGCAGUGGGCGAGAAGGGUUGCACACUAUAAAAAUUCUCUAAACAUAAAGUUGGGGACUCCAUUGAUACGCAACGUCAUGGACAUGAAUGCAUUGUCUGGGGGUUUUGCAGCUGCCUUAAAAUCUGAUCCUGUGUGGGUAAUGAAUGUAGUUCCAGCUCAAAACCCACUUACUCUUGAUGCGAUCUUUGACAGAGGCCUUAUUGGGGUCUAUCAUGAUUGGUGUGAACCGUUUUCAACAUACCCUCGAACUUAUGAUCUGAUCCACGUGGUUAGCAUUGAGUCACUUAUUAAAGAUCCAGCUUCUGGUAAAAGCAGAUGUAACAUUGUUGAUUUGAUGGUGGAAAUUGACCGCAUACUACGGCCAGAGGGAACCAUUGUGGUGAGCGAUGCUCCUGAAGUAAUCGACAAACUAGCUCGCAUUGCUCAUUCAGUGAGGUGGAAGCCGACCAUUUAUGAUAAAAGACCCGACUCACACGACCGAGAAAAAAUUCUAGUUUUGACCAAGACCUUCUGGAAGCUCUAA